AUGGUCGUAGAUCAGUUUCCAAUGUUUAGACUUGCAACAUUACUGGCGCGGCAGCUCAGCUCGCCAGUCGCUACACGUAUCAAGCACUACGCCGUGGGCCAUCCUAAAGUGGGCGGGAGCGUGUGUCGGUACGUGGCGUACUCCUAUCACGAGUGUGAGUGGAUGGCUAAGACGUGGGCCCUGAAGAUGGCGGGCAUCUCGCUGCCGAAGAACGCACGCGCGCCGCCUCUGAGAGAACAGACCGCUGUUAAUUUAGGAGGAGAUUUACUGGGAGAAAUUAUAAUUUUUGUCAUAGGCUCGUUGAUUGUCAUUUUCGAAGUUAAUAGACAAGCGGACAUUAAAGAGACUAAAGAAUUAGAUGAAAAAUCUGAAUGGCUUGCUAUAAUGUUGUCACUCGAAGAAAUCCAGCGCGAGGUCCAACUGCAACAAGAGACCAUCGACCGCCUCCACGCCUCGCUGACAGCGAUGCAGACCCGCUGA